UCUGGCAAAUGGUCAGGCAUUGCGACUUCGGCCAAGAACUUUGCAAUCGUCAACCCAAUGAGACUGCUGUUGCACGUCAGAGAAGAUGGAGAGCUAUAUCAUGUUGGAUUCAAGGCAAAUGACCCUGUCACUCGAACAGAAGGAAAGUCAGACACUUCGGACUGGUUGAAUGUGGAAGUGGUCAAGAUUCGUCCUGGACCACUGCCAUUGUUGAACAAGCCAGUUGUCGUUACUGCGGAUGGACAGGUAGAGGGCAAGGAGCCUGAAAAGACAUUUUUGCAGAAAUACUGGUGGGCAAUUGGUCUCUUCCUGCUCGUGCAAAUGGUCAUGGGCGGCGGCAAAGGAGAGUAA